AUGACCAUAUUCUUGGCAGUUCGCACAUUGUACCGGACCAUUGCGUUUGUGCGGUUCCUCAACUGUAAUUCGGCGGUGGAGCAGGAACUGAAGAUUAAUUUAGAGGGCUGGUCACCGCUGGCCGAAACCAUUAGCUAUGGCAUGUGUGAUGGCACACAGGUGCUGCGCAUGUUGAUGUUGCAGUCGAAUGAACACAUGGAUAGUCGACGCGAACGACUCAUGCAAGCGCUGCAACAGAUGCAGGACUUUUAUAAAGAGUUCAAGUGGGAUUUUCAGUCGUGGCUGCCGCUUGUCUCUCGGAUCUUGCCCUCAGAUAUUUGCCGGCUCUACAAAUGCGGCGCAUCGUUGCGUCUAGAUACCACGUUGGUGGACUUUAAUGAUAUGCGCUGGGAUCGUGGCGAUAUCUGGUUUUUGUUUCGAGGCGAAGCGCCGCCCAACGAGUCGAUAGUGCUGCUGGACAAUGAACAGCAAUGCUAUCAACGUUUACGCUACGAGGAAUCCGGCAUGGAAGACGAGGUGGAUGUACUCAUGUCCACGGAUAUAUUAGCCACACAAAUGUCCACCAAGACAAUACAGUUUGCGCGCGCCCAACGUGGCUGGCUAUUAAGCGCAGGACUGGUGUUGAAGCAGCGCAAGCGACAAGAGCAUCUGUCCCAUGAGGACUUGCAAAAGAAUCGCGCCAUUGUCGAGACUAGAGGCCCGCGCCCACCUCUAGUCGAGACAAUCACCAAAGGUGGCAGUGAAGGCGGCAGCGUCGGAGUCGGCGGCCAGCUAGACUUGGGCAGCAAUCUCACAUUACCGGAGCUACCGCGUCGCAGUUCGUUGCAACCGCCACCUGCCACAAGUGUCACCUGGUCGGAGUACUUAAGCGCACCCGUUGGCAAAUGUCCGCAACUGGGACGGACACCAGUUCACAAGCACUCUAACAAAACGUUGCGUGCCACGGUUGCAAUGAGUGCUGAUUUUCCGCUCAGCGUGGACAUGCUGCUCGAUGUUCUUGAGGUAGUGGCACCGCUGAAGCACAUAAACAAGCUGCAGGAGUUUGUAACACUUAAACUACCCACGGGUUUUCCGGUUAAGAUCGACAUACCUGUGCUGCAUACGGUGACGGCAAAGGUGACGUUUCAGAAAUUUGAGUUUCGCGAUAAUAUACCCGCAAAACUGUUUGAGAUACCAUCGCACUAUCAUCGUCAUCCUCAUCAGUAGCCAACACGCCCAGCUCCGCCAAGCCAAUGGAUUUGAAUCGCAACAGCAGCAGUAGCAGCAGCGGAAAGGGCAAAGCGGCAAUAGCAGCAAUCGAACGUCCAUUGCGGACUUUGAUUAAGGAUGGCAGGCGGUCCCCUUUCAAUUUCUCUUGUCCCUCCCCACUUGCCCCCAAACGCUUGCAUUCAACCACAAAAUUAUCAAUCGGUUAAAUUAUAGAAUGCGUGUCCCCCCCUUCAUUUUUAUUUCGUUCAUUAAAAUGUAACGCUCUGGAAAUUGCAAUUUAUACUAAGAAAAGAGAAAACAACAAAUUGAAUUUGUUUUGGACACCUGUGUGUCGAUUUAACUAAUUGUAUUUCAUACGUUGUAACGCUGAUCAAUCCCUAACAAGUGUCAUUGUCGCAAUACCGAUUAUACUCGGUACCCAAAGCAAGCUAAAUAUUUAGAGUAUAUACAUAUGUAGGUAAGGUAGAUCAUUCAAAUAAUUGUUGAUGUGAUCAACCUUACAGGUCAGUAACCCAUAACCUCGGUCUGUCUGUCUUCCUAAAUAAUUUUUAUGUAACUAUAUGAGUUGAAUUAAGUGUUGUGCAUUUCUAAAACUCAGUUGAAAGUUAAUAACCUCGUAAUCAAUACCCUUGAUUACACUUCCCUAUCAUAUUUUGUAUAUUGCUUUCAUAGCUAUAACUAUAACUUUCGUAUAUUUGUUAAGGUUCAUGUUUUUACCUUCAUUUUUGAACACUCCUAUAUUUAUUGUUGCACUAGGCUGAUGAGUUUAUGUGAUUUGACUUAUGUAACUUAACAACAUUCUCCACAGAUUUGUCAUGGUUAAAAGAAUUAUCUAAUCACGACUCGUGCUUUUGCUCCCGUCCACUUUAUUUUAUCUAGCCCAAUGAUUCAGUUCUGCCAGCAGUGUUAAUCAAACACUGUCAAGUGGCUAGCAAAACACAUUUUCAUUUUCAAAUAUCGUCAAGCAAGAAUCAACUUUCUCAUCAGUUAAUCACAAACAAUAUCAAAAUGUAGUCGAUUAAAUUAUCAGUUGUUGAUUUGUAGAGCGAGCGAUAUUCAACAAAGUUGUAUACGCAAUUGUUUAUUAUUAUUUUUUUCGUAUUAUAUGUUCAUUUUUUUGUAAUAUUUAGUGCAAUUUUCAAUUUUGUUUUAAUCUAAGUAAUAUAAAACCGAAAAACAUGCCACUUGAAAGUUUUUUUACUAUUUCCAUCAAGAUAAUUUAAUGAUGAUUUUAAGGAUGCUCUACUUAUAAUAUCAUUUGUCAUACGAAAGAGUAUACCAUGAUGUUUGCCUAGUAAUAGUUAAAUAACAAAUGUCUACUAUCUAAGUUAUUUAUGUAUUAAGCUAAAACAAUCGUCCGCUAAUCGUUUCCUAAACAAAGUUUCAUAACCAACAAAAGUAUUUUCGAGGUCACAAAAAAGUUAGCCAGCUUCAGAAUAUAAACAACUUUAUGUACACAGAUAGUUCCAAUUUCAUUCAUGCAUUUAUUUAUUUUACUUCGUAUGUGUGUAUUGUAUAUACUAUUUUGUUUAUUAACAUGUGGCUAGCGCUACAACUUUUACCACUUAAUCCGCAUUGAUAGCCCAUAAUAUUUAUGCUUAUUUAUUAUUAUGUUUUUCCACGAAAAUGUUAUUGUUUAUUGUGUAGAGAGCACAAAUUUGCUAUAUAACCACAAUACCGCUAGGGAAAUAUUAUCCCAAUAUCAAUAUAAAUAAAUGAAACCCAAUAUUAUUACACAGAGAAUUCGAAAGAUAUUUUUAAAACACAACACAAUCAAUGCUAAUAUAGGUAACUUUUUCUAGUUGAUACAAAACAUAUUUAAAUGUAACCUGUGAGCAUUUAUAAACGCUCUAUAAUGUAAACACAAAUACACAAACAAACCUGUAAACUGUAACACGAAAGCAACAAUAAU